AUGAGCAAGGUGCAGGUGAAACAGGAUGCAAGACUACCAGACCUAAUUGGAUUUAGACUACGUGUUCUGACUCAAGAUGGUAGAGUUUAUGUGGGGGAGCUGCUAGCAUUUGAUAAAUUUAUGAAUCUAGUCCUUAAAAACUGUAUCGAAGAGCGCAUACCAAAGACUCAAUUGGACAAGCUGCAAAAUGAAACCAGUGAUAAGAACGAUAUCAAAGUAGAGAAAAGGACACUCGGACUGGCUAUUCUCAGAGGUGAACAAGUACUAUCAAGCGUAGUACAGGACAAACCACAGCUAUCCAAGAGAGAGAGAUUAGACGGUAUAAAGAAUCAGGAAAAAAAGAUAAGCAAGGAAAGGAGAUCGAGAAAUAAACAGACAAAGGAAAAGAAAAACGGUAAGGUAGAGAAGAAAAAGUUCCAACCUCCACCUGGUCUUAGGAAGCGUGUAUAA